ACUGUAGGCAGCUAGGCACUGCGGCACUGCCUUGAGAAGCAAUAGACCGCUUUCACUCUCAGUGAGCGGCUCAGCUCUGCUCCAGUCCCUCUGCCUCUGAGUCUGCAUCAUUGCAUAACAGCAUGCAAGUCAAUCUCCUUGACCUCGUUAUGUUCAACCAUACACAAACACACAGCUGUUAUUAGAGAAGACCAUCUUCCAGUAACUGCAAGGUCGUUAAAUCACCAUCAAACUUCCAGUUAAAGUCAAAACCUUUGUUCUUUUCCAUCAUCACAUUAAUAAAUAUGUAUACUAGUAGUUCUGCGAACAGUAGACCUCGCUCCUGUAUACAACUUUCAAUCUAAUGAGAAGGGCCAGUACAAAUGGGAGGAUCUGGAGAGAAUUCGGACCAAGGAGCACCAACCAGUCAAGAACUGAGAGAGAUGGCCUUAGCCGAACUGAGAGAGAGCGAGUCAGUGAGAGUGCAUGCCCUAAGCCAGAUACGAGAUUGGAUCAGCAAACAUCCUGACAUCAAGCACUGUCGCACUGACUCUCCAUUCUUGCUACGUUUUCUUCGUACAAAGAAGUUCAGUGUGCCACAAGCUCAAGAGAUGUUAGAGCGAUACCUCAUUAUCAGACAAAUGUAUCCAAAAUGGUUCCAUAAAUUGGAUGUGAAUGACCCAGCUAUAUCAGAGAUCCUCGACAGUGGGUAUCUGAUACCCCUACCAGAGCGGGAUAGUGAUGGUAGAAAAGUGAUCAUAUCUUGUGCAGGGAAAUUUGAUCCUGUGAAGCAUUCAUCCACUGAGAUGGCAAGAGUGCAUAGCUUGGUGGUGGAGAGCCUCAUGGAUGACCCUGAGAAUCAAAUAAGAGGUUACACAUACGUUAACGAUGAAUCUGGCCUCACUAUGGGACACAUAUGCCUGUGGUCCUUCAACGAUAUUCGCAACAUGCUGCGGUGUAUACAGAAUUCAACACCCAUGAGGCACAAGUCGACUCAUUUCAUCAAUAUUCCUUCUUGUGCUAACAAAGUGUUUGACUUCAUAUCAUCAUUGCUCAGUGACAAACUUCGAAAGCGCUUCAUGAUUCACAGUACACUGGAUGACCUAAAGAAAACAGUGAAUCCAAAAAUUCUUCCCAAGGAAUAUGGUGGUGAAGUACCAUUGGCAGACAUCAUUGCUGACUACAAAAAGGAACUGCAAAGUCGACGGGAGGAGCUUUUGGCACUGGAUGACCUUGAAAUUGAUCUUAAUUCGAUUCUCGACCGGCGAUCAAAGUACACAAUAGAUCUCGUGGACGAGCCAUUGAAUGGCAUAUCUGGAUCAUUCAGAAAGCUGGAAGUUGAUUGAUCAUUCAUUUCUCAUCACUUAUUCUAAUAUAUUAUUAUUUUUAUUCAUGUAGAUUGUAAAAGCAAUAUCAACUUGUUCAAACCUCUAAUAAAACUAUCAUAAUCAAAAAUAA